CACAUUAAGCUUUAAGCUCUUGUGUAGUUCGGUCGCAAUAAUAAAAAUUCAACGUUGAAGCCAUGCUGUUCUACCGGGAAUGCUUUUGUUUAACAUAGUAAUACAUUUCCGUAAAUUGGAUGUAAAUUAAUUUUCUGAGCAACAAUCAGCUUGAUGCAACAAGAGUUGGACGUUAAAGCUGCUGUCAAAAUUGCUGGAAAUAAAAAAACACGUGUCCUACAGGCCUCCCACCUUAGUCCUGGCUCAGGUCGAAAAUACUUGAUCUUGACCAUCAAUCAAAGCCAAACGUCCCUGGAAAAUUAUAUUUUUUACAAUAAUGAGUGUUCUGUCCAAAUAUGUUGACCGUAUUGCAGAAAAAUGUGAACAUAAUGGGCUCACUAAACACGCUUUUAGCUAUGCUCUUGUGACCAGUGCUAUACUAGCACUUACUGUCAAGGUGACUAUCCCUUACGCGAAAAACGGAAAGACUCAAAAAGGAAAACCCAAAGUCAACAAUGGGGCACUUACGCCUUUGGAAACAGAUAUCUCAGAAGAGGAUUCAAAACUCGCAGAGGCCGAAAAGCUGUUGGUUGCUCAGCAGCUAAAAAAAAAGUCGAACAACUUUAUUGAGCCCGGACUAAACAAGGAAUUCUUGAAACAACUGAAAAUGCUGGCAAAAAUAAUGGUCCCGCAGACCUUUUGUUACGAAACUGGAUUGCUGAGCAUUCAUACGUUUUGCCUAAUUUCUCGCACAUUUCUUAGUAUUUAUGUUGCUGCUUUGGAGGGGGCCCUCGUUAAAUUUAUAGUACGAAAGGACGUUAAGCAAUUUGCUCUUGUUUUACUGAAAUGGUUCGGGAUUGCGAUCCCUGCUACGUUUGUUAAUUCCAUGAUACGGUUUCUUGAAAGUAAACUUGCCCUGGCUUUCCGAACUCGACUGGUACGUCACUCAUAUCGUCUUUACUUUAAGAAUCAAAAUUAUUAUAGAGUAUCGAAUUUGGACGGACGCAUUGAAAAUGCGGAUCAUAGACUUACCGAAGAUAUUUCUGUGUUCGCUAGCUCUGUAGCUCAUUUGUAUAGCAGCCUGACUAAACCAUGCUUCGAUCUGAUGCUUAUUGGGUUGGCAUUGAUGAGAUCCUCUAGAAAAAUGAAAGCUAACAUUAUAACGGGACCGGCUUUAUCAGUUGGUGUUAUUGCUCUAACAGCCCAUAUAUUACGAAUUGUAUCACCGAAGUUUGGACAGUUGGUAUCGGAAGAGGCCAAUAGGUAUGGGUACCUUAGGCACAUUCACUCCCGCAUAAUAACAAAUGCAGAAGAAAUCGCAUUUUAUGGAGGUCAUAAGGUGGAGAUGCAGCAGCUACGGCAGGCAUACAACCGCCUUGUAAAUCAAAUGACUACAAUUUUUAACCAAAAGCUUUGGUUUAUUAUGCUUGAACAAUUUUUUAUGAAAUAUGUUUGGUCCGGUACUGGAAUGAUUAUGGUGUCACUUCCAAUUCUGACAGGCAGUGACAUGGGAUCUGCAUCAAAACGCGACACGGACAUUACGGAGUCGCGAGUUAGCGAACGUACGCAGUAUUUAACUACAGCUAGGAAUUUACUAAUUUCUGCAGCAGACGCUAUUGAGCGGUUAAUGUCUUCUUACAAGGAAAUCGUGUCGCUUGCUGGUUACACUUAUCGCGUGGCUGGCAUGAUGGAUGUGUUUGAGGAAACAGCUCAGGGACUCUAUUGCAAGACGAGUGUAAUAGAAAACGAUCAGACGAAUGGUAUUAUAGAGCACCGUAACGGCAAACCAAUAGCAAAAGGUCGCAUUAUUUACUCAGAUGAUCCGGAAAAUAUGGCAAUAAACCUACGUGCAGUGCCAGUAGUGACACCAAACUGUGAUAUAGUUGUACCGAAACUUACAUUGUGUAUAGAGCCUGGUGUGCAUUUGUUAAUAACUGGGCCGAACGGUUGCGGCAAAUCCAGCUUGUUCAGAAUACUAAGUGGGCUUUGGCCUAUAUACGCUGGAGAAUUGCAAAUACCGCGGCCUGUGAAAGAUAUUCCUUGUAUGUUUUACAUUCCACAACGUCCAUACAUGUCAAUUGGAAGUCUUUGUGAUCAAAUAAUAUACCCCGACACAAGGGAUGAUAUGAAACGUAAAAAUAUAUCUGAAAAUGAGUUAAGACGCAUUUUGAAGUUGGUCAGCCUUGAACACAUCGCCCAACGUGAUAGUUUUGACGUUGUUCGAGAUUGGAAGGACAUAUUAUCUGGAGGUGAAAAACAACGUAUGGCGAUAGCUCGCUUGUUUUACCACAAGCCACGUUACGCCCUUCUUGAUGAAUGUACGAGCGCAGUAUCUAUAGAUGUUGAAAGCUCAAUAUAUGAAAUUGCUAAAGGGAUGGGAAUUACGCUGUUGACUAUAACACACAGGCCUACCUUGUGGAAAUACCACACACAUAUAUUGGAGUUCGACGGCCUAGGAAACUGGCAGUUUAGAAAAAUGAAUGUAGAUGAACAACAAAAAGAACUAUUUCUUUCUUAGUACCAUAUAUAAGCUAGGCUAGCUAGGGCUCGCCGAGUUUUAAUUACCCUUGCAAUUAUACAUAAAAUGUAUUUAAGAUGUUUUUCGUUUGACAGUUUCAGAAUAUGGGUCUGCAAUUUUGAUAAAAUUUUAAAAUCCUCGGGACAUUAAAUAAAGCGAUCCUAUAUUGAUAAA